UAUCUCCCUCAGCUCUCUGCAUUAGUUCUCCUCAAUUGUUUCUCAUUCUCACCUGACUGACCUGCUCUCCACACUCUCCCCUCUAUGAAAUUAUCAGACCAAGACUGGAAAUGCAAGCAACACUUUGAGAUCAUUAGAUUCUGCAAGUUGUGUUUCCAACACCCAACCAAGGUUUGACAGCAGGCAGAUUGACAGCAAAGAAGAAUCAAGACCGACAUCCAAGAUGUGCUUGUCACUGAUCAUAACUGUCCUGAUUGUUGUGGUUGUGAUUCUCUUGUUACUCUGGCAGAACAUUAUCACUCUGAACGACUUACUCAAUACAGGAAAAAUAAUUUCAGAUGUAGUCAUCCCAGCAUUAGAUAACCCUAAAAUAUCAGGAGGCUUAACACUGACAGUCACUGUGAUUUUUAUUUUGUCAAGCCCUCUAACAACGACUCUGUUGGUUGUUGUUACUGCAACACUUUGGUUGCACUGGUUCAACAUCUUCCCCCUGACACAAUUAAUUGCAACAGCCUUAGACUGUUGGAUUGAUUCAAAGGCAGGAGGUAAACGACUGGCUGAUGUUGUUAAAGAAAAAAGCUCUCUAAUGCCAUCACAAAAUGGUUGUUUCCCACUUUACAAAAUUCCACUGGAAACAAAACAAAUUGACAUUAAAGGCUGCAAAAGUUUCACAUUUGGAGAUAAAUCCACAAACUGUAACCGAAACAUCAUGGUCCUUGGAGCCUCAGGUGCUGGGAAGUCCACUGUCAUCAAUGCGAUGGUAAAUUACGUUCUAGGGGUUAAAUGGGAAGACUCGUUUCGGUUUAAGUUAGUGGAUGAAGGUCAGUCAAAGUCACAAGUUCAAGGUCAGUCUUCAAAAAUCACGCUGUACAAACUCUACCACCAGGAGGGUUUCAGAGUGAAUUACUCUCUGACUAUUGUUGACACUCCAGGCUUUGGAGGCACUGGAGGUAUAGACAGAGACAAGGAGAUCACAGAGCAGCUGCGUGACCUCUUUACUAAUCAGGAAGGUGUCGGUGAAAUUGAUGCCGUGUGUUUUGUUGUUCAGGCUGCUAUAACUGAACUGAAAUCAACACAAAGAUACGUGUUUGAUUCAGCCCUGUCAAUCUUUGGCAAAGAUGUGGCAGAAAACAUCAGAGUUCUGGUGACGUAUGCAGAUGAGCAGCAGCUACCAGUUCUAGAAGCCCUCAAAGUGUCCGGUGUCCCAUGUCCUCAAAGCAAUGACGGGCUGCCAGUUCACUUCAAAUUUAAUAACUCAGUGCUGUUUGCUUCCAACAAAUUCUCAGCAAUAAGACGCAUGAUUGGGCUUAAUGAGAAAACCUUUGAGUUUUGGAAGAUGGGGACAAAGAGCAUGGCCAGUUUCUUUGAUAGUCUAACUCACAUCAGAACCGUAAGACUGACAAUGACCACAGAGGUCAUGGAAGAAAGAAAACAGCUGGAAAAUAUUGCUGAGGAGCUGCAGAAGAAGGUUAAACUCGGCUUAGCCAAGGUUGAGGAAAUAAGAAUGACAAAGGAAAAACUACAAGAGCAUGAAGCAGAGAUCAGACAGAAUGAGAACUUUGAGUUUUAUAUUAGCAUGACAAAAACUGAACAAGUGGAUAUUUCUCACACUAAGCAAUACAUCACCAACUGUCUGCAGUGUCAUGUUACCUGUCACUUCCCUUGUUCCAUACCAAGGGAUGAGGAUAAAAAAGGAUGCGCUGCAAUGGAGUCGGACGGAUACUGUAAAGUGUGUCCAGGGAAAUGUUUCUGGAACGUGCAUUCUAACCAGAGCUUCAGAUGGGAAUAUACAGAAAUUAAAGAAAAAAUAACAUUGAAGGAGCUAAAAGAAAAAUAUGAGAAGGCCUGUGGGCAGAAGGUGACUUUGGAGAAGCUGAUGAGAAAUCUGAUUUCUGAUUAUGAAUCUAAACAGUAUGAUGUGGUGAAACUGAUUGCAGAGGCUGCAAAGUGUCUGAACAGACUGAAGGAAAUAGUCCUGAACCCAAAACCCCUUACCACUCCAGAAUAUAUCAACAUGCUGAUGAAAGGAGAGGAACAGGAGGCCAAACCAGGCUGGAAGGAAAGACUUCAGUCUCUGGAGAAAAUGAAAGAAAAGGCAGAUAUCAUAGCUAAAGUAGAGAAGGGAGAGAAACUUCUGGCCUAUCCGUGAUCUACUGGUUAUACCGAGCUUUUAAUGACAUUUUCAUUGCAUUUCAGUGUGUUUUUUCCCUGGAAAUAAUAGUCAAGUAUUUUGACUAAAAUAUUUCUUUUUAAAGAUGCUUCCAGAACAAUUUUUAAAUAUAUUGUUUGGGUUUUUUAAUGACCGUGUUUCACUUUAUUGCUUGGGUGCGAAUAUGAAUUUCUUCUACUCAUAUUACUUUGGUCUACUUCAAGUUUAUGUAACUAAUGUAAAAACACAUUUGGGAGUGUUUUACUCCUUACUGUUGUUGGGAAAGCAAAUGAAAUAAGUAAGAAAAACUUGCAGAUUUACUAUAAAUAAUCAGUUACAGUAAAAGAAAAAUCACAUUCCCAGUCUUCAGUAAUAUGUAGACUUCUUAUGUAGAGUUCUUAAUUGCUGUUGUGUGUUGGGAAUUGGCAAAAAGGUAAUUUAAUUGUCAGUGUGUUUUUACUGCAUUGAUGACAAUAAAAUUAAUUAACUUUA